CACGGAAUGAAAGACUUCCUAUUCGCCGGCUUUCACUUUCAUCUCGACCACCAUGGCGGACCCGUACAUUGACAGAAAGACUGUCAACAAGUCCUAUAGACCACGGGGUGAUGUUAUGUCUCCAGGUCUCAAACGAGCUCGAGAACCCUUCCGCAUCCGAAACGCACUAACAGGCGUUGUACUCGCCUCAUUCGCAGUUGGCGUAUGGGCAUAUUCCCUAAGUGCCGUCAAGCAAGACGACUUCUCCGAUGUGGACGAAGAAGCCAAAGCUCUCGCUAGCUCAUCUCCACCCUCGACCUCAAAUGUGAUACCUGCCACGCCAGAGGUGGUCAACGCGACCAAGGGUGCUAUUGCGGCCGGAUUUACACCCUUGGAACCUGCCGCGCCUUCGCCAGUCGUACCUGCACCUGCGUCCUCAUCGAGGCCGAAGGGUGUCCUUGCUGCGUUGCUUGCAGAUCGAUAUCCCCAGGCUUUGGAUCCGUCGACCAAGACAAUUAUAUUUGGGGCCCCGCCAGUUGAUAACCCUGGGAGAUUGAGGGAUUGGUGGAAGCAGGGCAGGAGGUAGUGUCGUGAAGCAAGGAUUGAUUGAGCUGUUCUAUGCUGGUCGAGCAAAAGUACGCAAGUAAUCAUCAUUUCUGUGUAUUCAUUCUGUAUCUAUAGCCCCAUAUACACCCUUCCCUACAUAUCCGUCAUAUACAAAAGCAGCGAACACAACACUUCAGAAUUCUACAUACAACGCAAACGGCAAGCCCGUCGCAGGGUAUACAAAAGAACACCAUACCAUAGCAGUACACAUCAUAAGCUGGCAAUAGAUAUCAUACACAUGACAGAAAGCAAGAAUGCAUCUUCGAGAUCCGACCCAAUAAAUAUCCGAG